AUGAGAUUUAAGGUUUUCUCAAGAGUUUGGGCAACAUAUCAAAGACAUCUUUCCACAAACCCUUGGAGAACUCAAACGCUAACAACAGGUAUGAUAAUCUUGCGUAAUUGCUUUCAUAUCGCAGAAUUCGCUUCUGUGAUGCGAUCGAUUGUAUCAAUCCGGUCAAGCUUGUUAUAAACAACAGUUAAUUAAUCCUUUUCAUCCCCUCGAGAACACGUACAACUCAUUGAUUCCUAGCUACAAUUUGUGACAACGUUACUGCAGCCUUUAAAAUGAUUGUCACUUUAAGCGUGCCAAACGAAAAUUUAUUCAAAUUCAAGCCAAUUCUGCCCGGAUGCUUCGUUUUUAUCGCCUGAGGCAUAACCGGAAAAAAAAAAAAAAAAAAACAUGAAUAAUAAAUAAGUAAAACACAAACAGCAGGUAAUUUCACUCGGUAUUUCGAAAUCAAAUCGAAGUUUCAACAUUCCCUCCCUGGGCAACCCUCAGGAAUUUGAAAUUUUAAAAAAUUCUUCACUCCCCGGAUCCCCAAGCCAAACUGGAGGCCAUUCAAAUACCCUAUUAAGGUCCAUUUAGGUGAUCAAAAACCCCCACCCCAGGGAAACUAAGAUCAGUAAUAAGUAACAAUGUAGCUUUCUAAUUUAGUGUGGGAAAAGUGCAGCCAAGCAACAAUGUAGUACUUGUAUAAGGCAGCCUUCUGGGUCUCAUUGGCAUACCCUCAGCCAAAAAUUUACCCAGUGUACCCUGGGGGAGGUAUGUUAGGAUUGUUUGGGUAGGGAUGUGCCGCUGGGAUCCCGAAACACUCAGCCUAUAUCAGACCUAGCUGGGCUGAAUUUUGCUACAAUAAACUAGACUUAACUUCCAAAACCUCUCCCUAUGCUAGGGUGGCUUUUUUUCCAGAAAAUACCGAGGUCAACACUUUCUUUGUUAUUAAACUGAGUCGUGGGCAAAUUAAGACAAUUUGCCAAUUGAUCAGUUUCCUCAAAAAUGAUAACCUAUUCUAGACCCUGACUCUGUAAUUUCUAAACCCUAUCUCAGACUAAGUUGCUUGAAAACCAUACCCUUCACAGCAACACAUACCUGUAUAUGCCAUUUAAAUAUUAUAUAACAGUAUCCCCCUUUCCAGGGAGUGUACCCCCUCCUCUCCCUCAGAACUAUUCCCUAAAGCUGCAACUUUGAAGACAUGUUAAAAUGUUUCUUAUUGCAUUGUUUCAGCCGUGUUGUUUGUUGUCAGUGAUACCUUGACUCAACAACUAGUUGAAAAAAGAAGAUGGAACCACGAUGGCAGAAGAACGCUGCGGAUGGGAGUUAUGGGCAUAAUUGUUGGACCGAUUCAAAGGACAUGGUUUCUUACACUGGAACGCUUCAUACCCCCUACAUCCAAGAUACAGAUUGUCAAGAAAUUAAUUGUAGACCAAACAAUAUAUGGGCCAUUUAUUAUAUUCUUCUUUUAUUCACUCUCUGGGAUUUUGGCUGGAAAAGAACUCCGUGAAGUUAAACUAUUGUUGCAAGAGAGAUAUAUCAAGACUAUGCUGACUGGGUACAAGAUCUGGCCUUUGGUACAGGCAGUGAAUUUUUCAGUAGUACCUCUUCAGCACCGAGCCAAUUUUGUUCAAUUAGUUUCUCUUUGUUGGAAUAUGUACCUAUCCUGGAUGGCAAACAAAUCAAUAGGUAGUGAUGAGGAGCUUCAAACUCGUCCUGAAUUAGUACCCAGUCAACAAGCCAAAAACAUUUAA